AUGGAGGACACGAAUAACAAUGAGAAUAACACAUACGGGGUCGUCCUCAGUGAAUCUCUAGAGAAUACUAACGCUUCUGAUCAACAAAAUGAUGAGUCAACCACGGCGAUGGCUAAGGAAUAUACUUUAGAUAUACCAAGGAUACCCAGUUUGGAAUUACCCUUAAAUGUUACCUCUAAAUCAUCCAGUAUACACAAGGCCAUAGAUAUGUGCGGAGGUCUUUCGAAGGUCAAAGAGGCAUUCAAAGAGCCAGGUACAGUGGAAACUCAAAAAGGGCUUGAAUUGUAUCUAAAUACAGGCAAAAAUGAACGUCAUGCAGACAUUUUCUUCAACGAACAUCCAAUUACGGGGAAACGAGUCCCCUUCCGUGAUGAUUCUAUCAUAUUAAAAAUAUCCAUGCCUAAGGGAACUCUUUCGAAACAUAAUGGAGAUAUCCAAGCAUCUAUUGCGUCAUUAGAUCCGAAUGAUUACAAGGUAACACCGGUCUCCAUUGUCGAUAACACGAUUAGAUUUAGAGAAAUGUCCGAUUUCCAAUAUAGAUUAGAUAAUGUAUCAUCUGCAAAGGAAUUCAAUGAUAGUUUUGGUACUUUGGAUUGGUCUAGUCUUCAAAAUUUCGUCAAAUCUGUACCGAACAUGGAUUCAAGACCAUAUGAAAAUAUUAAUAACUUAAUUAUAGAUCGAACUAAUUUGAGUUCGAAUUCAGACUUCCAAUUACCGCCCCCACCUAAAUUUUCCAUGGUUGGAUAUCCAUUUUUAUACAAAUACAAGGGUAAUCCGUUAGCAACGAAGAAAUCCAAUGGUGAUUCUGAAGUCAAAAAAAGUUACAUUAAGAAUUAUCAAUUAUUUCUUCAUGAUAUCGGCCCAAUCGCGAAGAUCCCUAUAGAACCACACGAAUCAUUACAAAAGGAUUAUAAAAUUGCACAAGAAACUCAAGUGUAUCCGGGGACAAAAUCAGAUUCAGGAUUUUACCAAUCAUUAAAGGAAUGUCUCUCCAUUUUGAAUAAAUUAUUCGAAAAAAGACCCAUCUGGGUUAAGAGACACAUAGAUGGUCUCAUUCCUAAGGAGAUUCAUCAUACUUUGAAAAUUGCACUCGCAUUAGUUUCCUAUAGAUUUUCCAUGGGUCCCUGGAGGAACACGUAUAUUAAACUAGGUAUUGAUCCAAGGACCUCUCCAGAAUAUGGGAAAUAUCAAACUGAAUAUUUUAAAAUUGAAAGGAAAUUAUUAUCAAAUCCAUCAGUGAAGAAAAAUGUACCUAGCCCGCCUCCCUUGUGUUUUGAAUCAAAUGUAGAAGGUGAUAUUGAUUCUAGAUUUAGGUUUGAUGGUACUCAAGUACCAUGGUAUUUAAUGUUGCAAAUUGAUCUUUUGAUUGGUGAACCAAACAUUGCUGAGGUGUACAAGAAUGCUAAACUCUUGACUGAACCAAGCGAAUUGACCGGUUGGUUUACUGAGUUAGACUUAGUUAAGAUUAGAAGAAUUGUUAAAUAUGAAUUGGGUUGCUUAGUGCAAGGUAAUCAUGAAUUCAACCAAUAUAAAUUAAAAUACUUUAAGGCAAUGAAGUUCGUAAAGGAAUCUCUGAUCCCAGGGCAAGAAGGAACCGAGAAGCAAUCGACGGAUGCUGAUGGAGAUGUUACUAUGGAUGAUUCCGACAAUGGACCAAAUAACAAAGAUACGACGCCUGACGAGGAGGAAGAAAAUGAUGAUAAUGGAGUUGCUACAGGUGAAACUGACGACGUUGUAUUGGAAGACGAAGAAGAAGCAAUUGAGGAAAACGUUAGUAUAACGCAGGAAACGGAAAAGGGUAAACCUCCCAAAGAAGAGGAUGAUGAAGAAGAGGAGGAGGAGGGUGAUAAUAUUAUUGAUGAUUUUGAUAUUACGAAUGCGACUUUCCAAGAUGUUAUGAAGCAUGUUUCCAAAUUUGAUCCUGAGUUGGCGAAGAAAUUAUAUACGAACUUAAACGGCUUAGUUCCAGAAGAAAAAUUGUCCCAAGAUUUAUGA